AUGUUGCGUUGUUCGGGGCUACCUUUUCUUCCUGGUAACACAUUUCAAGAUAUUGGUCGCAGAAAGUUUCACAAGUCGCACCAUUUCGAUCAGCGCAAUCACGUCUGCAUUCUGGUCGAUGCAAAACGGCCUGGCAUCGGUGGCAAACCGUUGCUAGAAACGGAUACUCCCGACUACGAGUUGCCCUCACUCUAUCCGCCCCGUUACGCGCCGUCCCGUCCGUCGUGGCUCGAGUAUGAUCGACAGGUGCUGUGCUUCCACGGAUACUUUCAGGAAGAGCACCAGGUGCGAAAGGUACGCAUUCUGUACUACCUCGAGGAUGAAACGAUGCAAAUCAGCGAACCGCGAACCUUAAACUCGGGCAUCCCGCAAGGUUGCCUAGUAACGCGUCAGCGUAUACCGAGACCACCACCGUACGACGGGGAAUUUACUUCGCUACUCGAUCUCAACAUCAACCACACGGUGCAGCUGUUCGAUCGCGUGUACACCGUUACAGGGUGCGAUGAAUUUACGCGCCGCUUUUUAAACCGAUUGGGAGUGUCGGUGCCCGGACCGGUCGAGCAGCCGACUGAUCCCGCUACCGAACUACGCAAGCAGCAGGACUCGGCCAAACUGGCAAAACUGCCGGCGUACAAGAUCGACACAUUGGGUAAGUUUUUGCAGUACGACCGGAAAGUGCUUCGCUUCAAGGGCCUGUGGGACGACCGAGCGAGUGUCUUCGGUGAUGUCCACGAACUUGAGGUCCUUUACCAUCUGAGCGACGAGACGAUUGAAAUCAAGGAAAAACUUCCGGUAAAUUCGGGCCGUGAUUCGAACGGGAUGUUUCUGCGUCGGGGUCGACUCCCGCGCACAUUCGACCGGCUUCCAACGAUGGGCGCCAACAUACCGGUAACAGUCCUGAACGUGAUCGGGGGCGGUUUGCGCGGUGGUCGGUAUCUUACCGAUUGUGUAGGAAUCGGUAAAACGGAGGGCGAUUACUACCGCGAUGCUGAUCUCCGCAUCGGAGCACGCAUUAACGUCUACGGGCGAACGGUGCUGCUCACGGGGUGUGACCAGUUCACCGAAAGCUACUACCGUGAAGUGUAUGGAUUGGAGGACUUUACGCCCCUCUACGGAUACAGUGCGUCCCGGGAGCAAUUUGUCAGCUCCCGGCGAGCCGACCGCGAGCUGCCACCGUUCAAUGGCUGGGGUACACACGAAGACUCCGAGGGUAACUGUUUAACGCUGGAACCGAAACCACCCAAGAUUGAUUUCCGCAAGUUCGUCGCUUACGAUCGAUGCAGUCUACGGUUUGGAGCGCAGAUGGUAUCGAACGUGCGAGAAAACAAUGACCGCUUCUUUGUCAUCAGCUACCACCUGAGCGAUGAUACGAUUUCAGUGUACGAGAUACCGAUUCGUAACUCUGGCUUCCGCGGAGGAGAAUUUAUUAAGCGGCGCAAACUGGCCCUUCCCAGCCAAGAGCAGUAUAGUGCGGAGCGUCCCGCUUGCUACCGUCCGGAACACUUUUAUCUCGGUGCGACUGUGCGGCUCCAGGAUCACCAGUUUCGCGUUACGAAUGCUGACAUCUACGCGCUACAUUUCAUGGAGCAACACUGCGAAGAGUUUCCCCUGUCCAACGUAGGCAAGAUUGUGCAGAAACUGCGAGACGCGCUUCAACCACACUACAAGCAGUACAUCGCGCGUCACAUGGGCAAGGUGGUGCAGACGAAGAUUGAUGGACGGCCAGUCAGUACGGUGACGUACGAAUCCCUGCGCGACAUGCUUCUGGAGCUCCUGCAGGACGGUAUCGUCGAGCAGGAGAUUGUUACGCUGUGCCGCUUGUUUUCGGCCGAAUCAGUCGAACCGGCUCGGUGCGAUCGAGAGCUCGUCCGUUCAGCUGUCCAUGCCCAGCUGACACGGGCACUCUGGAGCGAUCUUGAGCGCACCAAGGAACAUAUCUACCAUCUUGAACCGAUAAAUCCGGAUUGGGUAACGCCACAGCGACUGUGCACCAUCAUAAAAGCAUGCAAACUGCCACUGGACAACGCACUGAUUGACAAAAUGCUACAAAUUUUAAACAAGAAUGAUGCCGGAUUGAUUUCGGUUGAGGACUUUUUGACCAUGCUGGAUCCAUUGUCGGUGCCCAGCAAACCGAUACAACCGCUCAACAUCAAGCAUGAUGUGUGCUUCUUCACACCGUACCGAGUAUCGGGAAAACUCGUGAACUGGGACCAGCUGCUGGCGCACAUCGAUCUCGAACGGACGCUGACCAAUCAAACUACGUGA